UAGGGCGCGAUCCCGAUCUAUGUAACAACUGAAAUAACGACAAAACAAAUUAUUUUUGAAAAGCAUCUUAUUUGAUUCAUAUAAAUCUAUAAUGUUAAAAGUAACAGUUAUGGCUUAGCUUAAAUUUGUAGUUCAAUCUUUCUUUUUCAUAUACAUAAAUUUAAACUAUAAGCAAUGGAGUUGCUUCAUCUCGUAACCGCAAUUAUCGUGGUUUUCUUUACAGAAGUUUAUUCAGACCGCGGUGAUUACAUAGGAUGCUUCAAAUUGUCUGACGAGGUGAUUAAUACGCAUACAGGGCAAUCUGUGGAUGUCUGCAUUUCGGCUUGUGAACAAGUGUAUUACAAGUAUGCUCUCAUUGGAAAUCAGUCAACAUGUUUUUGUGGAAACACCCCCGGUAAAUUUAAAAUGGAUUUAGGUGUUUGUACAACACCUUGUCCAAAAAAUGAAACGCAAAUAUGUGGCGGUGAGAAUGCGGUAAGCGUUUACGAUACAGAAGUCACUAAGCCUGGGCCGCCAACGUCUUUAGAGAUUUAUAAUGUUACUGAAACCACUGUUCGCGUACAAUGGACGGCACCUCAAGCAUACACAAGGAUAACUAGCUAUAUUAUACGGGCAGUUGUUGUAACAACUUAUGCUGACAUAAUACUGCAACCAAUACAGUGGCGAGUUCCGAACAAUACUUAUCAAACCCAACUUUUAAAUCUUCAACCAGGUUCAGUAUACAAUAUCAGUGUAGGGGCUAUGUAUUAUGAGGAAGAAAGCAAUAACAUUACUGUCAAAGUAGAAACUGUGAUUGGGACCCCUGAUCCAAGUCCUCCAAAUAUUACAAUAUUGCAGAGGAAAGGAAAUGAAAUGCUAGUCCAUAUACAAGAGGCAAUCAAUGUCAAUGGUCCUGUUUCAAUGUACAGAAUAGUUGUUUCCAUUGAAUUAUUUCAACAAGGAUUUAUUACAGAAAAUUUGGGUAAUUAUUCAUAUGCACAAGAAAAAGGUCUGCCCUACUAUAUAACAGCUGAAUUGGACCCAGAUGACAUUAAGAAUGAUUUUGUUAUUGGUGAUGAACGAACUUAUAACGGUUUUUAUAAUGCACCCUUAGCACUUACUAAUGAUAUUGAUGUAUCAUUAGGCAUUGUAAGUGAAAAAAAUCAUGUUAAGAAAAUAAGAUAUGCAGAGUCAACAAAAAAAAUAAUAUUAAAUAUAAAUGAGCCAGAAGUUGUAUCUGGUUUAGUUGUAGCUUUAGGAGCUGGAAUUGCAAUAGGUAUUGUUCUCUUGUUAAUAGGAUUAGGUCUUCUUAUUGUAUUAAGGAAAAGAAUCAAUAUUGCAAGGUUAGAAAGAGGUUCUCAGUCUAUGCCGCUGAGCCUAAGUGAACCAUGUUUGGAAAUAGAAAAUGCGGGGUUUUUGCAAGAUGAAGUUGAAAGAGUUGACUAUUAUAGUAAUCUUAAAAGGAAACUGUGGAAUAUACCAAGGAACUUUAUUGAAUUGGAUAUAUCAAAUGUUGUGGGUAUGGGCAGCUAUGGUAAGUUUAUAAGAGGAACUGUACAACAACAUGGAGUUCAGACAACAGGUCUCAUUCAAGUCAUAUCCGAUAAAGAAUUAGAGAAACCAGACAAAAAAUUAAUGCUUCAAGAACUAGAUCUACUUAUUAAAUCUAGUGAACAUGAUUAUGUUAUUUCAAUUAUAGGAAUUUGUGAAACAAAUACGUCGCUAUUGGUUGUCCUGCAGGAUGUCAAAAUGACCCUCAAAAAUAUGUUACUUGAGAGUCGACAAAGGGAUCUACAAAACAAUAAGUUUUGUCUAUUGCCUGAAAAUAAGCUCUUAGAAAUUUGUGCAAAUGUAGCCUGUGGCAUGGAAUAUCUACACAGUAAGAAAAUAAUACAUAAAAAAUUGUGUUGCAGGAAUGUUUUGGUUACUGAUAGUGGAGUUCUAAAGGUAUCAGGUUUUGGACUAUCUUGCAACCGUCCCUUGCAUAGUACUCCGGACUAUACAAGAUGGACAUCUCAUGAGAUGUUGCGUCAGACGCGAUAUAACCCAAAAGCAGAUGUUUGGUCGUUUGGCUGUUUGAUGUGGGAAGUUUUUACUUUAGGAGGAACACCAUACUCUCAAGCUGUUAAUAAAGAUGUCGCCGCUAGAGUGUUACGAGGUAUGAGACCCUCGCAACCCUCGUAUGUUGGUGAUGAACUCUUCCAAUUGUGUCUCCAAUGUUGGCAAGUUGACCCUGAUGAGAGACCAACAUUCACCUCACUCGUACACGAGGUGGUACCAUUUGCUGAUGGUCCAGGUUUAAGAAGUUUAAGUUUAACAUAUUAUAAUGGAUUUAAUUAUGAACCUCAUAUACCAGAGUUUGAAAUUAUUUCAUAGCAUAAAUUGCUCUCUGAAUAAUCAUAUUCCGUAAGUGCGUCUGAUAGCUUAGUGUCAAAUGCACAAAAAGACACCGUUAUGCUAUUGUUGUUUGCCUCACAUGAACUUUGGGGAUGCCAUUCGUUGCGGUCCAAAGAUGCUCUUUGUAGUUGAAAUGUUUUUUUAUAUUUAUUUAUAAGAAAUAUGGACAUGUAGAUAUUUAUUUUCCUGACCUGAAACCCUCUAUAGAAAUUAAGGUGGUUUUGUGCAUUACAGUGCAGUUAUGAAAUGUCAUUGUUGACAAUAUGCAUGUGUUUUAGAGCAACCUUUUUUAGUAGUAUAUUGACACGAUGUAUUUUAUUUAGAGUAUGUUAUGACAGUAUGUAUAGGAAUAAAUUGAAUUCUAUGCACGAAACAUGCACAAGUGAUGUAAUCUGUAUUAUUUUAAGGUUUUUGUAAUAAGAUUUUGUGUUAACAUUCCAUUAUUGUGUAUAUAAGUAACUGUUGACGUUUUCCGUCCAUAAGAAUCUCGGCAGCAAAUAAAAUAAAGUAUUACUUAGA